AUGACCAAGGCACCAGGAGCCUCCAUCUACAUGCCUCCAGAGGCUCUGGAAGACGAAUCGAGAUACGACAUCACGAUCGAUAUCUUUUCUCUUGGAGUUCUCGCAAUUUUCACUGUUUCCCAAAUGUUUCCAAAACCUCUGGCAGCAGCGUACAUGGACAGGAGCAGAAAGAUUGUGGGUCGAACAGAGUUGGAGCGUCGUGGCAACUACAUGCAGGAGGUGACGAGGCAAUUCCGGGAGGGGCAUCCCCUUGUCCAAAUGAUCCAGCGUUGCCUAAACAACAUCAUCGAAGAGAGACCAACCAUCCAGCAAGUGAUGGGGUGGCUGGAGGAGGCCAGAGCCGAGGUUGAAGAUGGUGAAUAUGACGUGAACAAACUGUCACUGGCUCAACUGCUGCAGUCCAGAAACCUCAGCAUCCAACAACAGCGAAUCCAAAUCAGCCAAAAAGAUGGGGAAACUCGCAGGCUACAUGAGCAGAAUGAAGCACUGAAACAGCAGAAUGAUGUUAAAACAGCCCAGGUUGCAUCCCUGGAGGAGCAAGUUCAGGCUCUCCGAGCUGGAAAGACACCGAUCACGUCGCAAAAGACCACACCCACUCCAAAACAAGCCGUGUCAGGCGCCAGUCCAUUCCCUUCU